CGGCGGUGAUGGGUGGGGGGGGGAAAGCCGCGAGGUUGAAAUGCGCCGCCGUGAUUGGCCGAGUGCGAUUUCCUUCGCCAGCCAACGGGGUGCUGUGGGCAAUGCGAAUGGCGCCAUUGAGGGGCCUCGCGCGUGCCGCCCGCCCCACCGCCUCGCUCGCGUGAGCCGCUGCUCAGCGUGAGGGGAAAUUGUAAUCAGCUAAAAACGAAUUUAAACUUUCAUUCGCAAGUUGGGUACGUUAAAUAAGCAAAAACAAAAAAAACGAGAGAGAGUAUCGACACGCAAAUUCAACGCGGCCACGCGUCUCGCAAUAAAGGCGUUGUCAUGGCAGCGUCGGCGGUGGCUUUUGGCGGCGCGGUGAUGGUGCCAGCGGGCGGCUCGGCCGCAGCGGUGGCGCUGGCAGCGGCGGCUCGGCACGUGGAGCGAAAGCUGAUGGAGGAGCGACUCUAUCCUGAGCUCUCGGAACAGCUGGGGGUGCCGAACCACACAAUGGCCACGGUGUCGGGAAUGAACGAGUUGGACUACCCAUCCCAGGCGCCAGGCGCCAUGCUCCACCCACCGGAGGUUGGCGCCAUCAAGAGGGUUCCACUCCCGCCCGAGCUCGUGGAACAGUUUGGCCACAUGCAGUGUAACUGCAUGCUGGGAGUGUUCCCUGAGCUGGGCCGUGCCUGGCUAACCAUCGACAAUGACAUCUUCAUGUGGAACUACGAUGAUGGCGGUGACCUUGCUUACUACGAUGGCAUGAGCGAGGCCAUCCUCUGCGUUGGGCUCGUCAAGCCCAAGCCAGGCAUCUUCCAGCCGCACGUGCGCUACCUGCUGGUGCUGGCGACGCCCGUGGAGAUCGUCGUGCUUGGCAUGUGCGCACCAUCAGGAGCCCCAGGUGAUGGGGGAGCUGAGGGCGAGGGGCUGCUGCUGCUGCCCGAGCCCAUCUACUCGUUGCCCACGGACAACACGUACUUCCAGGCGGUGUGCGGCACCACGACGGGCCGUGUCUUCCUGGCGGCGCGCGACGGAUGCCUCUACGAGCUUGACUAUCAGGCUGAGGCCGGCUGGUUCAGCCACCGUUGCAGGAAGAUAAACCACUCCAAGAGCUUCCUGUGGGGACUCAUGCCCUCGGUGCUGCAAUUCGGCUUCAGCGAAGAAGACCCUGUGGUGCAGAUCGCCAUGGAUGACUCGCGGCACGUGCUCUACACACGCACGGAGCGCGGCUGCCUGCAGGUGUUCGACCUGGGCGCCGACGGGCACGGCAUGACGCGCGUUGCCAGCCUCUCGCACAGCAGCAUAGUCAACAAUGCCGCGCACGUCGCCAGGUCGGUCGACCGUUCCAACUUCAAACCCAUCAUCCACAUCUCGGCCAUCGAGAAGUCUGAGUCCCUGAACUGCCACCUGCUUGCCGUGACCCACACGGGCGUGCGCCUCUACUUUGCCGUGCGGCCAUUCCAGUCGACGCAGGACCGGCCCAGCGGCCUGUCGCUCGUCCACGUUCGCCUCCCGCCGGGUUUCUCCGCCAGCGCUGUGUCCCAGAGGCCGGCGCGCGUCCACAGAGCCCUCUACAGCCGCGGCACUCUGCUGCUGGCAGCUGCGGAGAGUGAAGACAGCGACACGCUGUGGUGCAUCGACAACGCCUCCUACCCGUUCCGUGGACAGCUUAUGGAGUCGCAGGUGACGAUGGGUGCGGAGGUGCGUGCCUGGGCGCUGGAGUGCGUGGGUGGCGCUCCCCCUGCCCGUGGCAUCACACCGCUGAACGGGGACCGCGUGCCCCACACCGAACCUCCGUCCGUCGCGGUUCAACACGCCACACCACCACCACGCUUCAUCCUCCUCUCUGCACAGGGAAGCUACCUUUUCCAGAAGUUGCGUCCCGUUGAGCAACUGCGACACCUCCUGGUGAGCGCCGCCGGUGGCGAGAGCGACGACCUGCAGCGCUUCUUCCAGCUGCACCACGAGGACCAGGCGUGUGCCACCUGUCUGAUUCUCGCUUGCUCACGGGCGGCGCACGAUUCUGAGGUGUCGAUGUGGGCGGCUCGAGCUUUCUACAGGUAUGGAGGAGAAGCUCAGAUGCGUUUCUCCGGCAUGCUGCCUCAGGCGGUCGCUCUGGGUUCCUCCUUCACCCCCUCGGCACAGAAGACCAUGCUGAACUUCGGUAGUCCUGUCGCAAGCUCCACUAUGCUGCGGUCGCCUGCAGGAGUGUUGAGCCCUCAACAGGCCGGCCUCGCUGCGCCCGGGACGGACGCGGCUGGUGCUGGGCUCGGCCCGGAGGUAGUGUUCUCGGGCCGGCACGAUGGGACGUGUCUCUACCUCGCUCGCAUCCUCAGCAACUUCUGGGACGGGAACGUGGUUCUUGAGCAUACGAUUAAGGAGGGCAACCGGCAGCUCAUCACCCUCGACAGUGCCGUGGCGGUGGCGCAACUGGACGACAUGAUCACUCGGCUCGAGGGCCUCGUUGAAUUCCUGGACAAGGACGCGCAGUUUGCAGGCCCCUCCCUGACCAGUGGUUUCGCCACAUCAUCGGCCGUGCCCCAGAGGCUGCUGGGAUACCCCCGGGUGGACGGUGGUGGAGGGCAGCACCUGCAGCAGGAGAUGCAGCGCAAGUACAAUGCUGAGGCCCAGGCACACGAGCGAGCUUCCCUGCAGCAGGUGGGCUCGCUGGUGCACCACGUCAUCCAGACGCUGGCGCUCUGGAAGCUGCUGUGCGAGCACGGCGUGCCCAUCCUCACCGCCGCUCUGCCGCCGGACAUACGCGACACCCUGAAGGCCAUGAGCCUACAGGAGCUGGUGCUGCGGGGUGACGCCGUCACCGGCGGCCUCAUCACGGCGCUCAUCAACCGCUACAUUGGCGACUUGGCCUCCACGGACUCCAUCAGCCAGCACCUGCGUGCCGCCUGCCCCCUGCUCUACAGCGUCGAUGACGUCACCUGCUCCAAGGCCAACGAGCUGCUGCAGAAGUCGAGGCAGCAGUUGGGCGGCGCGGAGCGUGAGCGUGCGCUGCGCGAAUCUCUGCAGCUCUACCGCCUCAUCAGCCACCAGGUGGACCUGCCGCUCGUGUGCAGCCAGUACCGGCACGUGCGGUUCUACGAGGGUGUCCUGGAGCUGUCUCUCGGUGCGGCCGAGAGGCUCGACCCGCAGGGUCUGGGCCUGCACUUCUACAAGAACGGGGAGCCCUCCGAGGACGCUCAGGGCCGCCAGGCGUACAUGGAACGGCUGGAGUGCUAUCGCUGUGUGACGGACAUGCUUCAGGAGCUGGUGCAGGCGUCGCGAGCGCCCGUCCAGUCCCCGAGCGUCCCGUCGCACCCGGGCCCACCGGCCGCGCCGGCUGACACCAGCCCCUUACCCAGCACGGAGCAGGCUGCACAACACUAUGAGCAGAUGCUUCGUUUGGCUCAGCGCUGCACAGACGAGCUCUUCCACAUCUCCCUCUACGAGUGGCUCGUGGCUGCUGGCCUCCCAGACAAGCUGCUGGAGGUGUCGUCGCCGUACCUGCAGCCGUACCUGGUGCGCAUGAGCUCCCUGCAGCAGGACAAGCUCACCUACCUGGACCUGCUGUGGCGUUUCCACCAGAAGUCGGGCGCCUUCGGUGCCGCGGCCCGUGUGCUCGCCCGCCUCUCCGACAUGAGCAGCACGGAGGUGACGUUGCAGCAGCGCAUGGAGUACCUCGCCCGCGCCAUCCUCAGCGCCAAGAGCUCGCCGACCGUGCCGCCCCACGCCGCGGACGGCGAGUUUCUGCACGAGCUGGAGGAGAAGAUGGAGGUAGCGCGGAUUCAGCUGCAUAUCCAAAAGACCCUCGGCAAGAGCUAUGGCGCCUAUCCCGGCAUUGCAGAGGCACUCAGGCAGCUGGACUCUCAACUGAUGGACGUCACCAAGCUGUACGGGGAUUUUGCGGACCCGUACCACUUGUCGGAGUGCAAGCUCGCCAUCCUGCACUGCGCCAGCCACGCCGACACCACCCUUGUCCAAACGCUGUGGCGCGACAUCGUGGAGAAAGAGUUGCAGGAGAGCAUCUCCAGGAGCCCCGCAGACCGCAUGCAGCUGCUGAACCAGAAGCUCGUGUCCCUGGGCAAGAGCUACAGCAGCACGCCACAGUACUUUCCGUUGGAGUUCCUGGUGCUGACGCUGGAGCAGCACGUGUGCACCCUGGGCUGGGACGAGGGCUUCGUGCCGCACACGCUGCUGCAGGUCGGCGCGGACCUGCCGCUGCUGCUGCACACCUACGACAAGGUCUUCCGCACCAAGGACACGUGCUGGUACCGGCUCCGACAGCCGCUGCACCUGCUGCAUUCAAUCCGCUCCAUCCUGAACAAGUACCUUCAGCAGCCGGAGACCGUGCCGCCCAGCGAGAGACGGUUGUUCACCAACACCUGCCUGGACCUGAUGGCCGACUACCUGAUGGAGCUGAAGGCCAUGGAGCAGAGUCUGGAGCUGCAGCAGACCGUGGGCAGCUUCCGCUCGCUGCAGGCCAAACUCGAGAGGCUCCUCUGAAGGGCCCCCCACCUCCGUACCGGCUCGUCGGCUGCGCCGCACCGACCACUGCCGCCGCUGCCACCACUACCCGCUCACCCGAGGGCCCACUGCCUCCACCGUUUCUUGUCAGAACCUUCACCGUCAGUCACCGGUGUGUGUGUCUCGGUCAUCUGCAGUGGCCGGUUCUUGACCACAGGGCCCGCUGUGGACAACUUUGCCCGAGAUAACCGUCGGAUUUUGUCGCACGCGGCAGACGCGGAAGCAAGAUGGGGUUGCUCCGCCUGUUUCUGAUGAUGCUGGAACGACGGGGGGGGGGGGGGCGUGGGGGGGGGCGGACACUCUUGUGGUGCUGUUUGGUUUUUAUGGACGCUUUGAGAUUUUCUAAUUGUUGAAUGUGAGUGAAUGACAAAUAAAUGAAUGUGAUUAACUGAAGCAGGUGAGAGAUAAACCAUUGCCCUUCUGAAUCUUUUUUUUUCCUUUGUAAGGGAGUCCGUCCUAGGUCGUACAAAAUAUCCCACUAUUGAGAACUUUCCCAUUGGCCAGCAGCAAUAGCAGCUCCCAGGCCUUUAGCACCGAUCAGUGUAAAUUGGUGUUACUGCUUUUAUCGAGGUUUAAGGCUUAAAAUUCCCCUGUCGUUACAGUCGAGUGCAAACACGCGAAGAUAUGAUUGGGACAAAACAAGCGGGCGAGCGAGCGAGUCGGGCCAAACGCGGUAGUGUAGCUUUUGGUUGCCAUUUGCCCCUGGCCCAGUGCCGGAUGAAGCUAGUGCGGGGCCUGUAGCAUAUGUUAUAAAGGGGCCAUAAAUUAAAAAAAAAAAACACGUAAAUAUUAAAACAUUUUAAACUUGCGUCGUGAAUUGUAUUUUUUCAUUUGCUGUACGGCCAGAUAAUCCGACAAAUCGUUAACCUUAAACACCCAGUCGUUCAUAAAAGUUUAAGGCAGUAUAGCACUAUUUUAAUAGAGCAAGUGCAGAAUCACUGAACCGAAAUUGAUAGCUUGAAACCAUUUGAAAGUGCUGGGUCCGUAGCAUGUGUAGCUACUUUUGCUACGAGGAUAAUCCGGCACUGGCCCUGGCACAACAAAUAUAAACUGCCCCCCCCCCCCCCCCCCGUGUCUUCAUUUUCUCCUCUACCGCUCUGCGUAGCUGGCGCGGUGGGGGAGCGGUGGGGGGGGGCCCUGCAGUUUCGCCUGCCUGCCUGCACGCAAUUCCAUAGCUGCCGCCGCCGCUAGCCACGUACACUGAUGAGACCCGGGACGCCUGAGCCGGUGGUGAGACCGGUCACAGGACGCACGGAAGAUUCUCCCCCCCCGCCCCCGCUCGUUUGUGUGUGCCAAUGAUGAAUGAAAGUACUCAGAGCUGCCGACGGCUUGGUACUGUCGUGCCAUUUUCCAACGCGGUAUUUUUUAAGUCUCGCAUAUUUUGAAGCUCUCCAGUGGAAUGAUUUGGGCAGCUGAUGUGUGUGGUUUUCUUUUGGCACGUGUGGUUUUGUUUUGGCACGUAAUGUUUUGCCUUUCGGGGGGGGGGGAGGGGGCUAUAGGUGGCAAGCUUGGUCCCGGUGAAGUGUUUCUGGAUUCCCACAUGCGCCUGCGGAACAUAGAUAUACCAUAAUUGUUUGGAUUAUAAAAUACUCUGCAAAGUAAGACCCCGCACCCUUAAACGUGUGCUCGGUAUCAAUAAAGUUGUACAAAUACACCCACGUAACCUGCCCCCCAUUUUUUUUAAGAUUCGCCCCCCCAUUUUUUGUUUUGGUUUUUUGCUUUCAAAUGGCUUAAGGGGGGGGGGAUAAGCGCAUCUCAUGAUCUGUAGAAUUCGGUCGUCGGUGUAUUUAUGUACAACAUGAUCGGCUGUUUCCUAUUGUCUGCAUAGCCCUUUGCACGCUCUUUGUUUUUUUGCUAAACAAAUUUGUUCACUCGACACAACAUUAGUCGGAUUGUUGAAUUAAACAAAGGCUGGAAUGGCAAGCGCCUCA